GCCGGAGCGGCAGAGGAGCCGCGCUGAGGCGAGGGCAGCUCCGCCGCGUCCGUCGCGCCCCGCCGCCUCGCUCUCCAGCGGGUUUCUCCUCAGGGAGCAGCUCCCCUGCCUCGCGGAGCCCUCGUCCCCUCCAACCGCCCAUCAGGAGAAGUCCCCCCCCGGCGCCCCGAGCGCGCCGGCGGUCCCGCCGCUCGCUAUGUCCGUGGGCCAGCGCCUGGCCCGCCUGGCCGCCCACCUGCAGGACCCGCACAAAGUGGCCGCGUUCCAGCGGCUCUGCGGCGUGGAGGGGCCCUCGGGCUGGGCCGGCGCGGGGCAGCGGGGGCCGGUGGCGAACGGCGGCCCCGCGGGCGGGCAGGCUCAUCCCACCGGGAACGGCGCCGGGAACACCGCCGGGAACGGCGCCGUGCCCGGCGCGGCGGGACCCCCGCGGCCCUGGAGGAGGAGGCCGCGCCGCAACUCGCUGACGGAGGAGGAGGACGGCAGCCAGGAGUUCGCCACCCGCAGCCGCUUCCUCUACUAUCUGUUCAGCCUGGGAACGGAGCUGGGUAACGAGCUCUUCUACAUCCUCUUCUUCCCCUUCUGCAUCUGGAACCUGGACGCCUGGCUGGGCCGGAGGCUCAUCAUCAUCUGGGUGGGGGUGAUGUACCUGGGGCAGUGCACCAAGGAUGUGAUCCGCUGGCCGCGUCCCGCCUCGCCGCCCGUGGUGAAGCUGGAGGUGUUCUACAACUCGGAGUACAGCAUGCCCUCCACCCACGCCAUGUCGGGCACCGCCAUCCCCCUGGCGCUGCUGCUGCUCAGCUACGGCCGCUGGCAGUAUCCCUUUAUGUUUGGACUGAUCCUUGCACUCUGCUGGUGUUCCUUGGUUUGCUGUAGUCGAAUUUAUAUGGGAAUGCAUUCAAUUUUGGAUGUUAUUGCUGGGUUUCUGUAUGCUAUUCUUAUCUUGGUUGUCUUCCAUCCAGUUGUGGACCUGAUUGAUAACUUCAACUUGACUUACAAAUAUGCCCCCUUAAUUAUCAUCAGUCUCCAUUUGGCCCUGGGCAUCUUCUCCUUCACCCUGGACACGUGGAGCACGUCGCGGGGAGACACGGCCCAGAUCCUGGGCUGCGGUGCCGGCGUGGCCUGCGGCUCCCACGUCAACCACAUCGUGGGCCUCCAGCUGGACCCUCCUCCCCACACCUUACCUUUAUCCCUGUCCUCCCUCAGCGUGACUGUGUUUGGAAAAGCCAUUCUGCGCUUGUUGAUCGGAGUGAUAGUUCUGCUGUUAACAAAAGUAGCCAUGAAAAAAGCCACGAUCCCCCUGGCCUGCAAAAUAUUUCGCAUCCCGCACGACGACGUACGGAAGGCGCGGCAGCGCAUGGAGGUUGAGCUUCCCUAUCGCUACAUCACGUAUGGAAUGGUUGGGUUCUCCCUCAUGUUUAUUGUUCCCUGCUUCUUCCAUUUCAUUGGUCUUUCUUGAUGCGGUUGGAGCUCGUUAAACAGGGACAACAGAGUUGCUUUUCGGAGAGGGGCACUGGUUUGCUGCGGGAAGGCCGGCGAGCUUGGCUUCAGCAGGGUCUUCACGUCAACAGCAAUACAAAGCAGGCAAAGCAUUUAGAGGGCUUUGCACAUCUCUGGGGAUGCUGUAGGGCCGGCAGUCGAGGAUCAGUCCAGGAGAGGUGCUGAACUCUGUAAAUGCUGUGUCUGGACUUAUUGCUGUAACAAAGUCUGUGUGUGUGUGAUGCAGUGAAUGUAUCUGGGAUGUCUGUCAGUCUGUACCUGUGUACACUGACGCUUUAACAGGUGUGUCUGACGACUAAUCAGAAGGCUCCACUCAUCAUCUGUUUGCCAUUUCACGGUAAUUCACUCAAGUUGUUGGACCAUAGACUGCUAAAUUUGCUUUCUUCUGUUCUUUCCUCAAGUCCUGCUUCAAGAUGUUUCAG